AUGAUGACCAUGACUACGAUGGCUGACGGCUUGGAAGGCCAGGACUCGUCCAAAUCCGCCUUCAUGGAGUUCGGGCAGCAGCAGCAGCAGCAGCAGCAGCAGCAGCAGCAGCAGCAGCAACAGCCGCCGCCGCCGCCGCCGCCGCCGCCGCACUCUCAGCAGAGCUCCCCGGCCAUGGCAGGCGCGCACUACCCUCUGCACUGCCUGCACUCGGCGGCGGCGGCGGCGGCGGCGGCCGGCUCGCACCACCACCACCACCAGCACCACCACCACGGCUCGCCCUACGCGUCGGGCGGCGGCAACUCCUACAACCACCGCUCGCUCGCCGCCUACCCCUACAUGAGCCACUCGCAGCACAGCCCUUACCUCCAGUCCUACCACAACAGCAGCGCGGCCGCCCAGACGCGAGGGGACGACACAGAUCAACAAAAAACCACAGUGAUUGAAAACGGGGAAAUCAGGUUCAAUGGCAAAGGGAAAAAGAUUCGGAAGCCUCGGACCAUUUACUCCAGCCUGCAGCUCCAGGCUUUAAACCAUCGCUUUCAGCAGACUCAGUACCUGGCCCUUCCCGAGAGAGCUGAACUGGCAGCUUCCUUAGGACUGACACAAACACAGGUGAAGAUAUGGUUUCAGAACAAACGCUCUAAGUUUAAGAAACUGCUGAAGCAGGGCAGUAACCCGCACGAGAGCGACCCUCUCCCGGGCUCCGCGGCCCUGUCGCCGCGCUCGCCGGCGCUGCCUCCGGUGUGGGACGUUUCCGCCUCGGCCAAGGGCGUCAGUAUGCCCCCCAACAGCUACAUGCCCGGCUACUCGCAUUGGUACUCCUCUCCACACCAGGACACGAUGCAGAGACCACAGAUGAUGUGA